GGUCAUUUAGAUCGAAGAGGGCGUGCAAUGAGGAUCGAUUUGUUUUCGAAAAUGAACUCCGCGUGUUUACUUAGUAUUUUCUUGUUUGCGAUAUUACAAACGGCAACCUCAGAAGAAUGCACUAAGUUUGAUGUUAAAAUUGAAGACAAAAAAUUAAUACUGAAUACGUCAGCGCUAUGCUCCAGUUACGGGUUAGGCGGCGCGAAGCCAUCCCCACCAGAGAUAUCCGGGAGAACGUGCAAAAAAAAUACUCCUUUAAAGAAAACAGAUGGUAUCGUUAGCAUUAGUCUUGAAGAUUUGUGCGGGGAAUGUGAAACCGAAGUAAUCACAGACGACGCUCGUGCCAAUGCAUCUGCUACCGAAGCAUCAAGUUCUAUAAAACCAACAGAGAAAACUACCACUCCUCUUGUACCGCUCUCGCCUCGUAUUGCCGAAAGCGAACUACUCAAGGACGCUGUUGCCAAUGCAUCUGCUACCGAAGUACCAAGUUCUAUAAAACCAACAGAGAAAACUACCAUUCCUCUUGCACCGCUCUCACCUAGUGAUGCCGAAAGCAAACUACUCAAGGACGACGCUGUUGCCAAUGCAUCUGCUACCGAAGUACCAAGUUCUAUAAAACCAACAGAGAAAACUACCAUUCCUCUUGCACCGCUCUCACCUAGUGAUGCCGAAAGCAAACUACUCAAGGACGACGCUGUUGCCAAUGCAUCUGCUACCGAAGUACCAAGUUCUAUAAAACCAACAGAGAAAACUACCAUUCCUCUUGCACCACUCUCACCUAGUGAUGCCGAAAGCGCACCACACAUAAGUACUAGCAAUCCAGCUCUUGAAGUAUCUAGUGAUAAGCCGUUAGACGAUGCGACAGUAUCAUCAUCGACUUCGGAUAAAUCUAUAGAAAGUGAAACAAAGAAAACUGCAAGCGAUGAGAAGGAAUCUCCGAAAAUAACUGCUACUGCUUCUAAUUCUACAACUGCAAAUACAACCGAGACUAAAGGUCCAUUAGAAACUGAACCUUCAAAGUCUUCACCGGAUAAAUCAAGCAAAAGUUCAACCACUGACGCAUCCAGCGACAAAACUGUUUCAAGUGCACAUUUGAGCGGUGAGCAAUCCGGCACUUCGUUCUCCGGCGGUGCAGUGUUCCUCUUCUUCCUGUGCGGUGCCGUGAUUGGGGUCCUUGCGGUUCUUGCGGUUAUAUACAUCCGAAAACGAUACCACUCCCGCAGUUAUGAAACUAAUGAUGCCCCUGAACAACCUUAGAUAAAUGAAAUGUAGGAUUUUAUGUACAUAAAGCCUAGUUUAUUUUAAUACAGUUUAUUUGAAUGCAUAUUAUUUAGUUGUCUAUAUAUACUAAUAUAGUUAAUCGCGAAUACGUUUAUGAUCACAGCACACCGAAUCACAGAGCAUUUUUGGUUAAUUAUUUUUAUUAAUAAAAAAAACCUUACAAACACGGUUUUCGGUAUUAAAUUAAUGGUGUAAGUAAGUUGGAAGAAAGUGCUCUGAGAAAGACAAACACUACAAGGCAAUAGCAGCUUAAAAGCAAGGUUACCAUGGUUACUUAAAUUCUUGGUCAAUGGCACGGACCUUCGUUUUCAUUUGAGAAUCUUAAUUUUGACAGUUGAGAUUUUUAAAAGUUUUACGUGAUUUAAACAAUUUUUUUUCUAUUAUAAUGUAGGAAAACCGCACAGGAACAGCUUUUAGUUUUUAAUAAGAGAAGUUUAUUGUUUUAGAUUUGAAUACAAAUUAAAGAUAUGUCCAAACAUUA